ACGCAGCUCCCAGCUCUACCUCAGCACCCAUGCCUUCGCGCUGAUGGCGCCACUGUUCUCUACCAAGUUUCUUCCCCAUUCCAUUUCCUUUGCGUGCAAGCUCUGUAGUUGCAAAUUCUUGUUGGUCGUGUUUCACAGGAUUUACCCAAGUGCAUCACGAGUCGUAUAAUGGGUGCGUGAUUAGAUUGUUCGGCUCUUCCACGUUAUAGUGUCUUGUUUCAAUGUGGCGAUGUUUAUGUUGGUGAUGGAGAGUUGUGCGAGGGUUCGGUUGCUGGAGAGUGGAGCUCGUGAGCCAGUUUUAUGAAGUGUCUGGGGUUCGAGGACAGGCGUUUUGGCUCAGAUUGCUGCGCGAGAGAUUAAAAUGAGUUUUGGAACGCUGGCAUGAUUGAUGUGGAAAUUGGAGAGGAAACGUUAAGGCUGGUUGGGGCAGGGUAGGGGUUCUGUUUAGAGAUGUUGGGUUGGGCUUGUGGGCAUCGUGGUCCUAACCAGGGCCUGGAAACGAAGAUGAAGAAUGCACUUUUAUCCAAGCCGGUCGAGUGGGCGGACGCAAUGAGUGACACCUUCGGCCGCUUUCUGCCGAGCAAGAAGAACGUGGCGUCGUUAUCGAGAAAGAAUUCUUCGCCUGAGUUAGGAGAAUAUGCAACGGGUGCAGAUGGUAGUGGUUUCGGGAUCGCAGAGCAGGUGUGGGAUGAUUCGAAUAGUGAGAAGGAUGGCAGGGAGUCUUGGGAUACUCAAGGACCAGAUACGUCGUCUCUAUCCGCGUUUCUCUACAACCUGAUGUCCUGCACUGAUGACAGUAGCAAAGGGGAGGACAAGCAGGCGUUAAAGUUUUCGCGGUCUGGCUCUGAAAGUAGGGCUUACUUUGCUCGGUCUGGGAAUCAUUCGACUCCUUCAAGUCCCUUCCGACAGAGGGGUGAAUUGUGUAAUGCUGGAGAAGCAGAAGAGCAGGGUAGUGCGCACAGAGGAGACUGUUGUUAUGCGGACGGGCUGCUUGUGACGCAAAAUGUGAAGGACACCACCCCUCGACCGCGAAGAAAGCAGUUCCCAAGUAUAUCAGUUGAUCGCCUACCCAGCAUGUCGGACCAUUCGCUUCUCCUCUCGGAUGAACUCCGCUGUUACAUCCAUCCCGCCCUGCCAUCACUCGUCAAGGGUCGACGAUGGAUUCUUCUUUACAGCACCAAUAAGCAUGGGAUGUCGCUCCUCACCCUAUAUCGAAAUAGCAAUAUGGCGACUGGACCCUGUUUAUUGGUUGCCGGGGACAAAGAGGGUGCCGUGUUUGGUGGCCUGAUAACUUCUCCUUUGACACCAACCCAGCAAAAGAAGUACGAAGGCUCUAGCGAUUCGUUUGUAUUCAGUACUGUCUCCGGCCAGCCAACAAUCUUCCAUCCCACUGGCGUGAACAGGUACUUCGUGCUGGUGACACCAGAAGCCCUUUCGUGUGGAGGCGGGAGUCAUUUUGCACUGCACUUAGACUCCGAAUUGCUGAAUGGGUCCAGCGGGGCCUGUGAAACUUACGGCAACCCAUGCCUUGCACACGCUGAAGAGUUUGUCCUCAAACAUGUUGAGCUCUGGGGAUUUGAGCACACUCAUCGCCCCUCAGCUCUGUCAGAACCGACACAUCCUCUUAUGUCAUGAUAACGAUCAAGGAUGAUUGUAGUUGUGAUAGAUUAUCGUUCAGUUCAAGUUCAGUCUACCCAGCGGCCAUAGUGGUGCCCACUACGCGUCACCACUAAUAUUCCCGCAGCACUUAAUUGUUCAAGUCUCCAAAUCUGCAUCCUUCAGCACACGAGACCCCUGGUAGAGGACUUAGCCGGGUGUUAUGGCGUGGGGACCUAGAGGGUGAGAGAGUUCUUGAAAGGCAUGAGAUGGUUGAGUUGGGCUUGAGGUGGGAGAGGCAGGAGUUUUGGGUGGUGUGUGGAGGGUUCUGAGUUGUCAUUGCAGCUUGGGGUUGGGUUGGGCAGACGACAUGAGGGGUGUGGGUUGAGCACACGACACGAGGGGUGUGGGUUGCAGCGAAGCGGAGGGGACUGUCCCGAGGAGAGUUUGUGGAGGCCGAAUGGUCCCGGUAUUGGGUAAUGGUUGACAGAGAGCGCGGUGUGUGUGUGGUGUGGCGAUACGGGUUGGAAAUUGAGGCAGUGGGCGGAAGUUGGGGCGCGGCUGUGACAGGUGCAGUGGGGGCGCGGGGGUAAAGAGGAAGCGGUUACGGCGCGUGCGGGAUUCGAUGUUCCACAGGUCCGAGGGGGUCGAGAAUUCCGUUUCCGAAAUAGUCUAGAUGGUUAGGAUAACUCGCCGCGCCCCAACUUCCGACUUCCUUUAUGCAGUGCUCCAGAACGAAAUCGAUGAUCACCUGGCCGCAGUAGAAGCCGAUCGAUACAGAGAAGCGGAAAUGGAAAACUGAAACACGACAGAGGACGCACACAGCACAAGGGAGACCAAUCACCCUGCCACAUACACACAGGAGGACCUAGAAAGCCUACUGCAUAACAGACUAAGAAUACUGCGUGACAGACUAAGAAUACAGGGUAGUAGGGUGGCCUUCGAAGUAUACACAACGACAGCGCUGAAUUUACAAGGAGAAGAGUAUCGAAGAUGGAUGAAAGACGGGCUACGAUUUUUUAACUUAGGACCACGCCACACUAGAUAGAAAUAUGGUAAAUAUAGUGCUUUCUGGAACAAUACGGCCGAUGGCCUUGUAAACCAGGGACGCGGAACAAACAACCGCGUUUUUUACUCCAUUUUUAACCCCGGUGGGGACUUCUUGGUUUGGAUAA